AUGCGGACGACAGAAAAUCUAUAUUGCACAACGCCCACACGACAAAACCAGCGACUUGGAAGGGACAAAUUAGAAGCUCCGUGGUUCCCGGAACGCUUUCAAGCCUUAGAUGGCCCUGGGGUCGCUAUGCCCCGCUUGAAUGACGAGGAUAUACGGAACUAUCUAGAAAAUUUAGACGAUUCUGAAGAUGGUCUCGACGGCUCUGAAUCGGAAAGUGACGAGGAAGACACCUAUUACCAAGCGGCUCGGGAAGUUUUUCGCGACCUGGAGGGUUCAGAUUGCGAAGAGCGUCACAUAGGUGAGAACAUUCAAAGUCCAUCUUCUAACCAGCUCGAUGAUGAUAUGGAUCAUCGCUUUAUUAUGGAAACAGAUCAACAUUUACAAGAACCGACUUCAUCUUCACAUCGCCCUACAAGACCUAUAGUUUGGCGACAACGAAAUCUCAUUACUAGAAAAGAGGAUCUAAAAUUUCAGGGCAAUACUCAAUUGCCAGAAGAACUUACACAAAGGGAGACUCCUUUAGAUUUUUUUACCUAUUUCUUCACGCCAGAUUUGAUAAAACAUACAGUUGAGCAAAGUAACUUGUAUGCCACGCAGAAGCAAGUUUCUAACCCAGUCAACAUAGACGAGAAUGAAUUGAAUAAGUUUCUUGGAAUUUUGAUUGUUUCUUCUGUAAUUCGUUUUCCUAAUAUUAGACUUUACUGGCAUGACAAAUACAGGAUGGAAUUGGGUGAAACUUUAUGUCGCAUGGGGUUGCAGACUAACGGUACCAAACGGGAGACGGCCAAGCAAUUCAUUGCAAAAUGA